AAAUAACUAUGUUAUUUGUCAAAUAAUUGUUAUAAUUAUUAAAUUUCAUAAUUUCUAUGGAAAAAUGAUUUAUUUAUUUUAUUAAUUUCCAUCUACAGCAGUUUGCUAUGUAAAGCGACUAUUUUCUUAUUUUAGUUGAUAAAUAUGCAUUUUUCAUUAAAUCUGAUAACUAAAGUUAUACAAUUUUCCGCUUGAUCUUUUAUUAAAUUAGACUUUUAAGGCUUAUUUUUAAGGAAUAUGAAAGGAAGAGUUUCCGAAGCUUUUUUUGAUGGCAAAACAUUAAAUCUUUAGUUCUUCAUUUUACAAUACAUAAGCGGCUUCUUUUGACAAACUUAGGAUUUUUUCAAAGAUCUGUGGUGAAAAUGUAUAAAACUCAUCAAAAUUCAAAAAUAGAGUAAGUAAUGUUAUAAAUUGUUAUCCGUAAUGUUAUAUUUUUUGACUUAUAAUGAAAAGUAUAAAUGCUUGUACGAGAUUGUGUUGGAAUUCUAGUUCCUCUGUGAAUUUUAAAGUGUAAAGAACGAAUAUUAAAAAAAGGCAAAUUGUUUCAUUUCGAAUAAGAAGUUAUCAACGAGGUCUAUUAAAAAUGUCAAGUCAUAAUCAUCCAUACGGAAAGUCUGAAAAUGUCUUAGGAUUUGGAGAAGAUAGCAAAGUUUUUAUUAAAGAAGAGCCAUUAAAGGACAUGUUCCUUCAUCCUGAUGUUAAGCAUCGCAAAAUUGUCGCAUUUUCAAUUAUUGGUGCUUAUCGCAAAGGAAAAUCUUUCUUUCUUGAUUAUUGUCUUCGCUAUUUGUAUGCUCAUUAUCCAUCAAUCAACUAUCCAAAUAAUCCUGUCUCAAAUCCUACCAAUUGGAUGGGUGAGGAGGAUGAACCAUUGAAAGGAUUCUCAUGGCGUUCUGGUUCCGAUCGUGAUACAACUGGUAUUGUCAUGUGGAAUGAUAUAUUCUUGCAUACAGUUGAACGAACUGGCGAAAAAAUUGCAUUAGUCGUAAUGGACACUCAAGGUCUUUUCGAUAACCAAAGUUCACCGAUGGAUAAUUCAAAGAUUUUUGCACUUGGAACCUUAAUUUCGUCAAUUCAAGUCUUAAACUUAUCUGGAGUUAUCCAAGAGGAUCAAUUACAGUAUCUUCAAUUUGCAACAGAAUUCGCCAAGUUUGCAGCAUCCAGUAGCCAGGGAUCGAAUGGAAAAUGCUUCCAAAACUUGAUGUUCUUAAUCAGAGAUUGGGAAAAUCCAGAUGAUUUCGCAUGCGGCAUUGAUGGUGGUAAAAACUAUUUGGAAAAUUUCUUGGAAGUAAGAAGCGAGCAAAAACCUGAAUUAAAAUCGGUACGCGAGUUUAUCCAUAAUUCAUUUGAUGAAUUAAGUUGUUCGCUGCUUCCUCAUCCAGGCAAAAUUGUGACUGGUGUGAAAAAGUACAAGAAUUUGAUGUAUGACGGAAGUCACAGUGGAAUGGAUGAAGACUUCAAGGAUGAACUAAUAAUCCUUAUUGAUCACUUGCUUAAUCCAGAACGACUAGUUUUUAAGAAGUAUAAUGGAUGCAAUGUGAAAGGCUUUGAAUACCACGAAUAUGUUGAGCACUACUUUAAGUUAUUCCAAUCUGAUGAGCUUCCGCAAGCACAGACUAUCUUUGAUGCAACCGUUGAGAAGCAAAUGACAAUUCUUGUUAACUUAUGCUUCAACAACUAUAAAGAAACAGUUUAUAAGAAUCGAGAUGCAUUAAACAAUCAAAGCAACAUCGUGAUCCUACAUGAUGGAUGUAAAAACAAAGCCUUGCUGAUGUUCAAUGAAGCUAAGAAGAUGGGAAAUAAUAGUCACGAAGUUAAAUUUAAGAAAAUAUUAGAAACAGAAAUUGACAAGCUAUAUGAGGAGUGGGGCAAUCAGACAAUAGAAAGCAUUAAUAAGAUUGCAGACGAAGUUGAAAAGACACGUGUUGCAAUAGAAGAGAAGCAGCGACUCGAACGUGAACAGCUUGAAAGUGAAAAGAAAGCAGUUGAACGGUUAAUUGAAAUUGAGAAGCUGAAAGCAGAAAAGGAACUGGAACAAGCGAGAUUUGUUAAAGAAAUGGAGAUAGCUCAAUUAAAAUGGGAAUCAGAACAGAAGAGAGCUGCAACAGAAAAGCAAUUAGAACUAGAACGAAUGAAACAUGAGAAAGAAAUUCAGCAUCAGAUGUUCAUAGCUGAACAGGAAAUGUCCAAAUUGAAAUUGGAAAGUGAGAAUAAUCGUUUAGCUGCUGAAAAAAUAAUGGAGAUGAAAAAGUAUAAAGUAGAAAAAGAAUUAGAGCAUCAAAAGUUUAUGAGAGAAGUUCAAGUUAAAGAAUCGAAUCAAAAGCUUGAGCAAGAGCGUCUAAUUGCUGAAAAUGCUCAAAAAUAUGCACUUUUACAGCUUCAAAAUAAAGCAGAACUUGAAAAAUACAAAAAAGAUGAAGAAAAUGCAAAGAUGAGACUUCAAAUUGAGAAAGAACGUUUAAAGCUCCUCGAAAUGGAAAAUGAAAGAGACGCUGAAAUUAGAAGAAAACUUGACUUACAAAAGAAGGUUAAGGAGUUGGAGGAUGACAAAUGUGUAAUCUCUUAAAAAUCAAAUCCAA